CGGCUGAUCAUGCAGUACCUGAAGGAGAACAGUCUCCACCGAGCCCUCGCCACUCUUCAGGAGGAAACGACCGUGUCCCUCAACACGGUGGACAGCAUUGAGAGCUUUGUGGCAGACAUCAACAGCGGGCAUUGGGACACCGUGCUGCAAGCCAUACAGUCGCUGAAGCUGCCCGACAAGACCCUCAUUGAUCUCUACGAGCAGGUUGUGCUGGAGUUGAUUGAGCUUCGGGAGCUAGGUGCUGCCAGGUCUCUCCUGAGACAAACAGAUCCUAUGAUCAUGCUCAAACAAACUCAGCCAGAGCGGUACAUCCACCUUGAAAACCUUCUGGCCAGGUCCUACUUUGACCCUCGUGAGGCAUAUCCAGAUGGAAGUAGCAAAGAGAAGCGGAGAGCUGCUAUUGCACAAGCUUUAGCUGGAGAAGUCAGCGUGGUACCUCCGUCUCGUCUUAUGGCGCUGUUGGGGCAGGCACUGAAAUGGCAGCAGCAUCAAGGCCUGCUUCCUCCUGGUAUGACAAUUGACUUGUUCAGAGGCAAAGCAGCUGUGAAAGAUGUAGAAGAAGAAAAGUUCCCCACACAGCUGAGCAGACAUAUUAAGUUUGGGCAGAAGUCGCACGUUGAGUGUGCUCGAUUUUCCCCAGAUGGACAGUAUCUGGUUACUGGUUCUGUUGAUGGUUUCAUUGAAGUAUGGAACUUCACUACUGGAAAGAUUAGGAAGGAUCUGAAAUACCAGGCACAAGAUAAUUUUAUGAUGAUGGAUGAUGCAGUCCUGUGCAUGUGCUUCAGUAGAGAUACAGAAAUGCUAGCAACCGGAGCGCAAGAUGGAAAGAUCAAGGUGUGGAAAAUCCAGAGUGGUCAGUGUCUGAGAAGAUUUGAACGAGCACACAGUAAAGGUGUUACAUGCCUCAGUUUCUCUAAGGACAGCAGCCAAAUUCUUAGUGCUUCUUUUGAUCAGACAAUCAGAAUUCAUGGAUUAAAAUCUGGGAAAACCUUAAAGGAAUUCCGUGGUCAUUCUUCCUUCGUCAAUGAAGCAACUUUUACCCAGGACGGCCACUAUAUUAUCAGUGCAUCCUCUGAUGGCACAGUGAAGGUUUGGAACGUGAAGACGACAGAGUGCUCAAACACCUUCAAAUCUCUUGGCAGCACUGCUGGGACCGACAUUACUGUGAACAGUGUCAUUCUGCUGCCUAAAAACCCAGAACACUUCGUUGUUUGCAACAGAUCGAACACAGUCGUCAUUAUGAAUAUGCAAGGACAAAUUGUAAGAAGCUUCAGCUCUGGUAAAAGAGAAGGUGGUGACUUUGUCUGCUGUGCGCUUUCACCUCGUGGCGAAUGGAUCUACUGUGUUGGUGAAGAUUUUGUGCUCUACUGCUUUAGCACAGUGACUGGCAAGCUGGAGAGAACUUUGACAGUGCAUGAAAAAGAUGUCAUUGGCAUUGCUCAUCACCCCCACCAGAACCUGAUUGCCACUUACAGUGAAGACGGCCUCCUCAAGCUCUGGAAGCCAUAGCUUGGUUUUAGAAUAAGCUGUGAAGUGUGCCUGUUAGCUGCAGGUUAUCCAUGUUUGUACUUUGGCGAGGUCUAAAGGCACGGAGUGCGGUAUUUGCUCAGUUUUCAGUUCAGUUUUCCAGAGAAUGACAUUUUUACUUCUUGGUCUAAAGUUAGGUAGAUUGAUGCUUAAAUAUAGCAUCAGUUAAUUUCAAAUACUUUUAAU